UUGCGCUCGUGCGUCUCUUUUCAACUACAAACUUUGAAACUCUUCUUCCGGGCUGGCACGUGACAAACGUAUGUAAUCGGCUAUAAGACUGAAUAACUAACUUUUUACAGAUUAAACAUUGAUCGUCUCCUCUUUCCUCCCUGCCAGUCAUGUCUGCGCAGUCCAUGUGGGUGCGCCAGCGGCGAGUUUUGCGCGCGCAGGGGAGGACGCGCAGACUCAAGUUCAGAUCGAACGGGGAAGGAAGCCCGCGGGUGACAGAGGAAGACAGCCACAGCCACAGACGUCCGUGAUUACUGGCUCCCACUGCACGGACCUGUUUCACGUUCCCGUUUCGAAGUGCCAAAGCUCCAGCUGCUGCGGGGACCGAUGAAGCAGACGGCGGGAUGGACGGUGCUGCUGCUCCUCGUGGCUCUGGACGCGCGAGGCUGCUUCUCCUCCAAAGCAGAGGACCGGCUGUUCAGGAAGCUCUUCAGACGCUACAACCAGUUCAUCCGACCCGUGCAGAACGUCUCUGAUCCAGUCACGGUGGAGUUUGAAGUUUCCAUCUCACAGCUGGUUAAAGUGGAUGAGGUCAAUCAAAUCAUGGAAACAAACUUAUGGCUCAGACAUAUUUGGAACGACUACAAGCUGCGCUGGACGCCGGCAGAGUUUGAUGGGAUCGAGUUCAUUCGAGUCCCUUCAAAUAAGAUUUGGAGACCCGACAUUGUUCUCUAUAACAACGCGGUUGGCGACUUCCUGGUGGAAGAUAAGACCAAAGCUUUGCUGAAGUUUGAUGGCACCAUCACCUGGGUUCCUCCUGCCAUUUUCAAGUCCUCCUGCCCAAUGGACAUCACCUACUUCCCCUUUGACUACCAGAACUGCUCCAUGAAGUUUGGCUCCUGGACCUACGAUAAAGCCAAGAUUGAUCUGGUGCUGAUUGGAUCCAAGGUGAAUCUGAAAGACUUUUGGGAAAGUGGCGAGUGGGAAAUCAUCGAUGCUCCUGGCUAUAAGCAUGACAUCAAGUAUAACUGCUGUGAGGAGAUCUACCCGGACAUCACCUACUCCUUCUACAUCCGCCGCCUGCCUCUCUUCUACACCAUCAACCUCAUUAUCCCCUGCCUCCUCAUCUCUUUCCUCACAGUGCUGGUUUUCUACCUCCCCUCUGACUGUGGAGAGAAGGUCACGCUCUGUAUCUCCGUCCUGCUCUCCCUCACUGUGUUCCUGCUCGUUAUCACCGAGACCAUUCCCUCCACUUCCCUGGUAAUUCCGCUCAUUGGAGAGUACCUGCUCUUCACAAUGAUCUUCGUCACGCUCAGCAUCGUCAUCACCGUCUUCGUUCUGAACGUGCACUACCGCACGCCCAUGACCCACACCAUGCCUGGCUGGGUGCACUUAGUGUUCCUCAAAGUGCUGCCCAGGAUCAUGCUGAUGCGGAGACCGAUUGAUGAAGAUGGCAAGGAUGGGGGGUUGGACACCAGUGGGGAAGCAGGAGGAGCAGGAGGAGGGGGAGGAGGAGCAGGAGGAGGAAAAGGAGGAAAGAGGCGAAAAAAUAGCUUGAUGCAGCAGGUUGGAGGAGGGUCCCUCAACUGUUUGGAAUAUGGAGACUGCAAGCACUCGUCCAUGGACGGCUGUACUGGAAAGAAGUGUCUCUGCCCUUGCCAGCAUGGCAGGGAAACCCCAGAAACGGCAGCGAGCGUGCAGAUGAAACAUCAGCUGAGUCAGCAGAGCAUCAAUACGGUGGUGGCCUUCUCCGUGGUUUCUCCUGAGAUCAAUCAAGCCAUAGAGAGCGUCAAAUACAUCGCAGAGAACAUGAGGAGCAGGAACAAGGCCAAGGAGGUGGAGGAUGACUGGAAGUACGUUGCCAUGGUGAUUGACAGAAUCUUCCUCUGGGUCUUUGUGACCGUCUGCGUCUUGGGAACCCUGGGACUUUUCCUGCAGCCGCUUUUCAGCUUCCUUUCGUAACUGUUACCUGUAACUAACAAACUAACCAGCUGAAAGGCUUUGAAUCGGGUUGUUGUGCUGAUUCUGCCCUGAGCAGAUGGCUGAGAAUGAAAGAGAGCUUUGAGUUUAAAUAAAGAAACAAUCAGUUUUUAAAAGAAACCACUUAAAGUCUAUUAAGUGACGGUGCUACAGUCGGUGUUUACAUGACCUUCACAGAAGGUAAGAAGAUAAGAAGAGGCUGGGUUCUGAAAACAUUUCUCCUUGGAUGGUUGGGUUAAUUUAGAGCAAUGGUGAACCAAGAAAUAACAGAUGUAUGUCUAUAAAAUGCAGUUCCAAGCCAAUUUGGUUCAAAGUUUAGCUUGUGAGGGACAUAGCCUAUGUGUCAAUGAUCAAAACAUUUAUUUAUGCUUUUGAUUAGGUUGUGUUUUCUUAAACCAAGUAUCCCCUAUUUUUUACUUAGUGGAGAUUACGUCAGGAGACCGUUUUUUUUUCUUUAACAUGUAAAACUUCAGUGACAUUGGAAGGUGUUGUUGCUACAUCUAUGGAUCAAAACAUUCUCUGACAAAUGAGUUCUAACAUUUUACAAACAUUUACAGCUUCCUGUUUUAAACCUGGUAACCAGAUUCUUGCCAAACGAGAAUAAAGGAGUUGUGGGUGUGUGAGGGUGAAUGGUUUAAAAGGAUUUAGAUUGGUUCAGUCUGUAUUAGUACUCACUAGAAUAAUUCAUAUCAACUUUAAAUUCCCAUUCCAAUCAUCUUCUGAUCUACUUUCAGAGUCUUCCCAGUGGAAUUAGGGUGUAAUCAGACCGGGUCAGGUCCUGAACCUUGUGUUUCUGUAUUCAGACUGACUUCAACUGGACAUUUCUGUACCAGACCGAAGCUUGUAAACAAAACCACCUGGGAAUUAGGAGGGCGGGGCAAAGCAAGGAGAGGAAGAAUAAUACAAGUCCUGUACUUUGCAUUUCUUGCCAGGAUAGUUCACUUAUCCAGACGUUAUAUUUCAAUGACCAGUUCUGAACGUUUGUAUCAACGACAGGAAGAACACUUCUUACUGCAGCUUUAAGACGUUCUCACUCCAGACUCGUCACAUACUGACAUUUGGUUAAGGAGCCUCCGCGUCAGAAAUUCACGGUUUGAGUCUCCCUAACUUGUUUUUUUACAUGCUGACUGUUCCAAUUAAAUCAUAGAUCUCCAACCGCCAAGCCGCAAACCGGAACCAGCCCAGUACCGGAACACACUGUUACUCUAAUCUAGUACUGGCAUCCUAACCCAGUUCGUACCUGAUACCACAUCUGGUAACAGUUUGGGUCUGGUACCACAUCCGGUACUGCAUCCAGUACCAUGUCCGGUGUCAGGCUAGGAUACUGGUGCCGGGUUUGGGUGCAUGCACUGGAUGUGUUCCGAGGACCAGUUUACUUCUGAUGAUGUGUUCAUUACUGCAUCUGGUACCGCAUCCAGUACCACGUCUGAUACUGCAUCCGGUACCGUGUCCGGUAUAGGACUAGGAUAUUGGUACCUGGUUUGGGUGCCGGCGCAGGACGUGUCCCUGUUUUGGCAAUCUGCCGGUCCAGCUCUUCCUCCUCUGUUGGCUCCGCCUUCCCAACAGGACACCAGCUGGAUCUCGUCAGUGAUUAGGAGUGACUGCUUCUACCCUAAUUGUGUAUCAGGAGCCAACACGAUGAAGAAACUCGAGAAGAUCUCUUCUGUACAAAACUCUGAACCGUGUGGGAAAGGAUACUUAUGGGAAAACUGAAGCGACAGCCGGUAAGUCCUUGCUCUCAUCCCCUGACUGCUGACAAGUUCUGGAUGGCCUGUUGUUUGCUCUAUGGCAUUCAGUGACACUUACCUGCUAGCUAAAGCUCAUUUAGUUAUUUACCUGGUGGUUUUUCUUCUGCUGUUGAAGGUUUUUCACCUGAAGUGGUUUUUCAGGUGAAGGAAGCUUAAGUGAAGCUUUAAAAAACUCUAAAGUCAACUGGAGCUGACGUGCCUGGUACUGCAUCCAGUGCAAGGUCUGGUUUCGGGCUAGGGUAUUGGUACCAGGUUUGGGUGCUGGCACGUGAUGUGUCCCGAGGACCAGUUUGCAUCCGGUACCGUGUCUGGUACCACAUCCAGUGCCACGUUUGGUAGUGCAUCUGGUAUUGCGUCCGGUGUCCUGCUAGGGUAUUGGUGCCGGGACUGGACGUGACCUGAAGACCAGUUUAAGAUAAGAUAAGAAGAUAAGAAAACCUUUAAUUGUCCCACAGUGGGGAAAUUGCAAUAUGCAACAGCGCAGGUACAGAGAUAGAUAGAGAUACAGGAAAAAAAAUAAAAUAAAAAUAUACAUUAUAAAGAGCUAAGACAAUUGCGUCAGAUGCUGCAUCCGGACCGCGUCCCGAAGGUUGCGGACCCUUGCUUUUACAAAGGUUAAAAAAACAAC